AUGGAGAGGCAUAUAGGAGGAACGAAGAAGCGUGGGAUGGGUUCAGUACUGACGAUGGGGGAAAGGAGGGAGGACGAGAAGGUUGAGGAGAGGAGGGGGGACGAGAAGGUUGAGGAGAGGAGGGGGGACGAGACGGUUGAGGAGAGGAGGGGGGACGAGACGGUUGAGGAGAGGAGGGAGGAGGGUAGGGGGGCGAGGAAGCUGCAAGAGGUGGAUGGGAGGGAGUGGAUACGUGGCAGUGUGGAGGGCCUGUAUGGGGCGGGGGGAGGCAGGGUGCACAUGGGCAUGGAGAGGGAGGACAAGGUGGUGUUUACUGUGCCCGGUGUCCCAUCCCCCAUAUAUCCCAUUUUUUGUGUGGCACACUGCAGGGAAACACUCGUGGGAGGGGGAGGCAGGCUGCACAUGGACAUGGAGAGGGAGGACGUGGUGGUGUAUGAGGAGCAACCGGGGAAGGUGGUAACUGCCAUGACGCAUGCCCCCUUCCUCUACAACAUCACGCACUGCUCUCCCCCCAUUCACGACCAGGUCAUCUCAUAUCGCAUCUACCAAUGGAUGGAUCUUCACAUCCGCAUGGGAGUGGACCAUUUCUCCCUGAACGAUGUGGGCGGGGUGGACCCGCAACUGCGAACGCUGAUUGCGCCGUUACUGGACGAAGGGAUAGCGGAGAUCACGGAUUUUCGCGACUUGCUGAACUACGAGGUCUGGUACGACGGCCAGGUGAUGAUGGUAAACGACUGUGUGUAUCGCUUCCGCCACCUCUCCAAGUGGAUCAUGUACCUUGACUUUGACGAGUUCAUGUUCAUCAAUGGUCAGGAGCGCAUGCCCACGCCUCUCAGCGUGAACCACUUCCUCAUGCCCUACGAGGGAAUGCCCUACGUCACUCACGGCAGCCUCUGGUGGGACUUGGAUCGCUGCCUGCCCUCCCAAGGACCUGACGACCCCAGGUGGCCGCUAGAGCGAAUGCUGUGGCACGGGCCGGGGAUCUACUGUAAAGCCAAGGACAACAACACCAACCCCACCGUGUGCCUGCACCACUACGGCCACCGCAAGCUCUUUGUGGACCCCAGACGGGUGCGAGCAGUGAUGAACCACGGCGUUCGGGAUCCCGCUAAAGGGGGCGCAGACCUGUCUACAGACCUUCUCAGGCACCACCACUUCCAUGGAAUAAUCAGGCAGGGCAUCAAGGAGUGCACGCUGAUACUGAAGGAGCAUGACAACAUAACCUGGUGGUCCCGGGGACGAGAGGAGGCGGACCGAAUGCAAUACGUGCGCACUCACCCCCUCGAUAUGCAAUACCUUGUUGCGGCACACAGGGGACAGACGGGAGGAGGCAGACUGAAUGCAAUAGUGCACCAUAGUGGUAUACCGUACCUCAUGCACACGGAGUGCAUCGCCAUCAUGCUCAUGGUUUAUCUUUGA